GGCUUAAAAGCACCUCUGUUUCAAUCAGUGUUGGUACGCGGCGGGAAACAGAUUUUUUUGCCCCGAAAACAACUUUCCCUCCCCACAAACGAUCUUCCAAUCUGCAUCUCUCGGCACAUUGCAAAACCCUAACACUCUUAAUCUCCAUUUUCAACACCUUGGUCGUUAGGAGAGGGCGAGAGAGCAAAGGGGCCAAGACUCUUGCUCUCUCUCUUCUCGCACUUCGCCAUCAUUAUCCAUGGCGUUUGUUCCCCAACCCCAAGAAGCCGAAGAAGACACCAACGUCGACAUUCACACCACCCACGGCACUCCCAUUCGUUAUCUUCCUCUCGAUCAUCUUUAUUCUGCUACAUCCCCCUGCCGUGUCAGCGCCAGUGGUUCUUCAAACGUCAUGUCGAAGAAGGUCAAGGCCCGCAAGCUCAAUCUCACCCAUUUGGAUUUCGACCCUGAUCACAAGAACUCACUUCAUAAGCCUCCUCUUCUUCAUGUAUACUCUCGCCGUCAUAAGAAGCCCCGACAUUCCUCGGAGAGCGUGUCCUUUUUUGAAUCUUUGAUGAGCCGGGGUGGACCCACCUCGGAUAUUCGCAAAAUUGAUGGUUCUGGGGAGCACCGUGAGAAGGGCAAUUCUGAGGCUGGGACACUGAAGGAGAAGAGAAAAGCUGGGAGCGCUGAAUUGGUGAAUUUGGGUGUGGAUUUGAGCGCAUUGGGUGCUCUUGACGGGCCUCGGUUGAGGGACUGUCGUGUUCAUAAUGUUAAUAAUAUCAGUGAUUGUGACUCUAGUAUGAGGAAAAAUCGGGUCCGCUUGGAAAAUUUUCCGAAGUUAUUGCCUGCUUCCCGCACUGUAAAGAGAUGGGUCAGGUUGACUUUUGAUAAUGCUGAUCCCGAGACAUUGGUUGGACUAAGAUGCAAGGUUUAUUGGCCCAUGGAUUUGAAAUGGUACAUUGGUCGAGUCAUAGGUUAUGAUUCAGAAACUAAGAUACAUCAUGUUAAAUAUGAAGACAGUGAUGAAGAAAACUUAAUUCUUUCAAAUGAGAAAGUAAGGUUUCAUGUUUCCCGUGAGGAACUGAAGCAACUAAACUUGAGUAGUUGUAACAUUACUGAUUAUGAUGCGGAAGAGCUGCUUGCCUUGGCUGCAAGUUUAGACAACUGUCAAGAGUUUGAGCCGGGUGAAGUUGUAUGGGCUAAGCUAACAGGUCAUGCAAUGUGGCCAGCUCUUGUUAUGGAUGAAUCACUUGCUGGGAAUUGUAAAGGUUUAAAAUUAUUUUCCGGUGGAAGAUCCGUUCCUGUACAAUUUUUUGGCACACAUGACUUUGCAAGGGUUAGACCACAGCAGGUGAAAUCAUUUCUCACUGGACUUCUUUCUCGUCUCCACUUGAAAUGCAAGAAGCCUCAUUUUUUUGAAGGAUUAGAAGAGGCAAAAAUCUAUUUAAGCAAACAGAAGCUUCCUUCUGAAAUGCUGCGGUCACAGAAAAGAUGCAAGGCUGAUAACUGCAAAAAUGUACAUGAAGAGGAUGAAGGAUGUACAUAUUCUGGUGAAGAUUGUUUAGAUGAUGGAUGGGCCCAGACAGCAUUGAAAAACAUUGAAACUUCUCCUUACGUAGUAGGAGAUUUGAAAAUUUUAAGCCUAGGAAGAAUUGUUCAUGAUUCUGCAAAUUUUCAAGACGGAAGUGUAAUCUGGCCAGAGGGUUAUAUGGCAGUGAGGAAUUUUACUUCAGUUACUGAUCCAAAAGUUUGCACAUCAUAUAAGAUGGAGGUGUUGAGAGAUCCUGAGUCAAAGGUUCGACCACUUUUUAGGGUGACACUGGAUGGUGGAGAGCAGUUUAAUGGUCCCACAGCAACUGCUUGCUGGAAUAAAAUAUACAAACGGAUAAAAAAAAUAGAGAAGGGUGUUUCUGACGUUUCCACUGCAGAUGGAAGGCUUGUAAGGGACUAUAAAUCAGGAACUGAUAUGUUUGGUUUUUCCAAUCCCAAAGUAGCUAAACUUAUACAGGGAUUAUAUAAAUGCAGCUCCUCUUCAAGAAACUUAAUGUGCAAGAUAGGUUCUGGAAGAUAUAGUGAUCUGCCUGUUGGUUAUAGGCAGGUGCAUAUUGAUUGGUUUGAUCUCGAUAAGUGCAACGUGUGUCACAUGGAUGAGGAAUAUGAGAACAAUCUGUUUCUGCAAUGUGACAAAUGCAGAAUGAUGGUCCAUGCCAGAUGUUAUGGAGAACUAGAACCUUCUAAUGGAGUGUUAUGGUUGUGUAACCUAUGUCGCUUGGGUGCUCCCUCCCCCCCACCUCCUUGCUGCCUAUGUCCACUGAUAGGAGGUGCAAUGAAGCCUACAACGGAUGGUCGAUGGGCUCAUUUGGCAUGUGCCAUGUGGAUACCAGAAACUUGCUUAGCUGAUGUCAAGCGGAUGGAGCCUAUUGAUGGGAUAAGUAGAAUCAGGCUUUUGUGUGCACUUCAGGACCGCUGGAAAUUGUUAUGUAGCAUUUGUGGGGUGCCUUAUGGUGCUUGCAUCCAGUGUUCAAAUAAUUCUUGUCGAGUGGCAUAUCAUCCACUUUGUGCACGGGCUGCUGGUCUCUGUGUUGAGCUUGAGAAUGAGGACAGGCUCUAUCUACUCUCUGUUGAUGAUGAUGAAGAUCAGUGCAUUCGCUUGCUCUCCUUCUGCAAGAAACAUAGGCAUCCAUCAAAUGAUCAUUCUAUUGCUGAUGAACGCAUUGGGCGCGUUGCCAGUCAAUGUUCAGAAUAUAAACCACCACCCAACCCGUCUGGUUGUGCUCGCAGUGAACCAUACAAUAACUUUGGCAGGAGAGGGCGAAAAGAACCUGAAGCACUUGCAGCAGCAUCCUUAAAACGCUUGUUUGUAGAAAAUCAAUCUUGUUUGGUUGGUGGACAUUGCCAGCAUGGAGUGUCAGACAACGUAGAGCCAUCUGGAAGAGGAGUUUGCUCUAAAUUCUUUUGUAGCCAGCACAGGCUGAAGACCUCUCUGGUUGAUGCUUCAAAUGGCAUACUUUCUAUUGCUGAGAAAUAUAAAUACAUGAGGGAAACCUUUAGGAAAAGGCUAGCAUUUGGGAAAUCAAGAAUUCAUGGAUUUGGUAUCUUUGCAAAGCAUCCAUAUAAAGGCGGGGACAUGGUGAUUGAAUACACUGGUGAACUUGUUAGACCUUCCAUAGCUGAUCGGAGAGAGCACUUUAUAUAUAAUUCUUUGGUGGGUGCUGGAACAUACAUGUUUCGGAUUGAUGAUGAACGAGUCAUUGAUGCUACUAGAGCAGGAAGCAUUGCUCAUUUGAUUAAUCAUUCUUGUGCACCAAAUUGCUACUCAAGAGUGAUCAGUGUUAAUGGUGAUGAGCACAUUAUAAUAUUUGCGAAGAGGGAUAUUAAACAAUGGGAGGAGCUCACAUAUGAUUAUAGGUUUUUUUCAAUUGAUGAACGAUUAGCUUGUUAUUGUGGCUUCCCAAGAUGUCGAGGUGUUGUAAAUGAUACUGAGGCAGAAGAGCGAGCUGCAAAGCUAUAUGUGCCUCGGAGUGAAUUAAUAGAUUGGAGGGGAGAAUAAGGUGAGCAACUUUAUGAUAUUUGACAUGAGUUAAGGAUUGCAGAUAUCAUACAAUCAAAGUUAGGAUUUUUUUCAUCAUAGUUUAUGAUGGAAAGCUAAGCGAAGAUGAGAACCUACCAUUCGAUUUGUGGCUUCCCAAAGUGGGACUCCACCAUAACACUUCCCUUCAAGAACUGACAUCUCCAACUGUUGCACUCUGGUGCUCACUCUGGCUCAAUAGGUUGUGCCCUUCUCAUAUAGUUAAUUUUGAGGAGCUUGGUCCAACUCUGAAUCUCAGAUGCCAAUUGAUGGAAAUUUAAGCAAACAUUGGGAUCCACCUGUCAAACAAGAUUUAAGAGGGAAGUACCACACCCCUAAAGUACUAUCUGGAUUAGUUGUAGCAUCUCAGUGUGGGACUAUUUCAUAAUAUUGAAUGCUAUUUUUCCAAUAUGCAAAACUUGUUACUCUGUAUCAGUAUAUGUCUGGCAUAAGUAACUUGCACAAAUUCAAUAAUAGUGAAUCAUGCUUGGUUUGUAAGAAUUUGUUUUACAUUGAUUAUUUUUAAUGAUUGAAGAUGGUUCAUGCC